AUGGCGACAACGAAGAAAGAUGCCGCGCUGCCACGCAAGCUGAAGGGCUCCGUGGGCACCCUCCAGCAAGCACUGGACAACGGCCUGGACCAUUUUUUUUCAUCGCGCAAGGCGGGCGAGGAAACGUCACGUCAGUGCCUCUCUUCCCUCUUUUUCCUUGCAUCGUCGCUGCAUACGCCACGGCUGCCUUACUACAAAAAGUCACUGGAAACAAGUGCGGCGCGGCAUGUGACGGUGGAGCAGAUAUGGGGACAGCUGAACAUGUUACUGCGUCCUGUUUUGCGUCGCCUACAGGACAACGUGCGACGUCUGCAGAAGACAGUGAAUGUUUCCUCUGCACCACAGAAACGCGGCAGCACGCGAGUACAAACGAAGCGGCUACGAGACGAUGAUGAUGUUGAUAAUUCCGAUGCUUUAGAGGAGGGCAAAGAUUUACUCUCAACAAGAACUUCGCAGCUCAGCGAGAGUGACUUGGAUGAGGAGAUUGCGCAGCUUCUUGUCGAGCAGCAGCAGCAGCAGCAGCGAAGAAAGCUUGCGAAACCUGCCAGCAAGAAUGGCCACAACGGGGACGACUUGUGGCGUUACGCACUUGGAAAGGGUGAUGGCGACGGCAACGACGAAAACGGUGAUGCUGACGUGGACGGCGAGGGGGAUGAUGACGACGAUAGCAACAAUGAUUUGGCACGUAUCCGUCGUAGGCAUGCUCGGGCGAUGGCAGGGGCCGAUGAUGAUGAUGAUAACGAGGAGGAGGAGGAGGACGAGCGCGCCGUCGAGGAGUUGGCAGCAAUGAAGGAAAUGUACGGUGAGGACUUUGUUCCGGACGAGGAUGACGGUGACGGGGCCGAAGGUGAUGAUGACGACCCGCAUUUCGAAGAGGACCUUGCUUGGGAUGACCCGACUGCCGUGUUCAAGGAGUCUGACGGGAUGUACUUUGGAAACGACGACAUUCUCGCUGAUGACGGUGCGCAGGAAGAACACCAACAGCACGAAAGGGGGGAUGCGGUCGGUGAGAAUGACGACGAUGAUGCGGAGCUCAACGAUCCCAGUCUGACGAUGCUGCAGCGGGAGCGGCAGCGGGAGCGUCGUCUUGUGGAGCGGCUGGAGCAGGAACGGCUGUACAGCACGCAGUGGGCGAUGAGCGGUGAGACGAGUGGGAACCAGCGACCGCGUGAUGCGCUGCUUGACGAGGAGUUGGACUUUGAACACGCCAUGAAGGCGGUGCCUGUCAUCACGGAGGCAGUGACGGCCAAACUAGAGGACCGCAUUCGCCGCCGCAUCCUUUGCGCCAACUACGACGAUGUGCAGCGCCGCACCUCCCUCUCGGCGCCGGGAGAUUUGGUCACGACGCGCCGCGACGCAACAAUCGACUCGGAGAAGUCCAAGCUGUCGCUGAUGGACCUGUACGAGAAGGAGUACCUGGAGCGUGCGCGGGCGUUGGAGGAGGCAAGCGGUGAUGCUGCGCAGAGUGCGGAGCCACUGACGGAGAUUGAGAAGGACGAGCUGCGGGCAAUUCAAAUGUGGCGCCGGCUCGCCCAGCACCUCGACGCCCUCAGCAACUUCUACUACACACCAAAGCCGAUACAAGAGGAGUUGGCGGCCCGCGUGCGUGCAGUGAACGGCCAGGCCCCCGCCAUCGCGUUGGAGACAGUCGGCAACUUUGCCACCACCCGCGAGGCCGCACUUGCGCCGCAGGAUCUCUACCGCAGUGCCGACCGCAAGUACGCGGAUGUGGGCAUCAACGAAUUGGUGCCGCGUGAGAGGCGGGCGCUGCGCCGUGCGAAGAAGGAGCAGACGAAGGCGGCGAGUGAUCGCAGGGAAAAACGUGCCGCGCAGGCAAAGAAGAGGAAACAGCAGUUGCCGGAGCCGCAGUAG